AUGAAGAUACAAGACACUGUUAAUACGGAUUAUGGUAGUGGUAAUAAAUCUAUAUUUUCCAAAUUUAGAGGCACUUUAAUGAGCCAGAAAUCGCAUGGCUUAUUUAAUAACCCUUAUUUGAAUAGUCCCAAUGGGCUAAGACAGUUUAGCAAAAUAUCUCUACAAUAUGCGAAUGGUUUAAUACAUACUUUAAAAACAGAUAGAAGUAAAGAGGGGAUGAUUCAAUACAUUCUAAGAUUAGAUCAGUUAAGUGAUACUUUAUGUCGAGUUAUUGAUUUAUGUGAGUUCAUUCGAUCAGUUCAUCCAGACAACAAAUUUGUAAAAGCAGCACAAAAAUGUCACGAAGAAAUGUUUGAAUUUAUGAAUAUUUUAAAUACUGAUGUUGAGCUCUGUCAAAAAUUGGAACAAGUUUUAACUGAUUCCAACAUUGUAUCCCAUUUAUCACAAGAAGAAAUUAAGGUUGGGAAUAUUCUUCUCGAAGAUUUUAAAAAAUCCGGGAUUUAUAUGAACCCAGAGACAAGAGAUCAAUUCAUAUCAUUAUCUCAAGAUAUCAGUGUUAUUGGUCAGGAAUUUAUAAAUAAUGUAGACAUUAUACCUGAUACAUACAUUAAUGUUCCAGUUAAAGAACUUGAUGAUGAUAACCUGAGUCCUGUUGUGUUAAACCAAUUGUCAAAGGAUGUAACUGGAUAUUAUUAUAAAAUACCAUGUUAUGGUUCUAUCCCAUUAAUCAUGUUAAGAACGUGUCAAAAUGAAGAUAUUAGAUGCAAGAUAUGGACUGCUUUACAUAAUUCAUCAAAUGAACAGAUUAUAAAAUUAACACAUUUAAUGAAAUUAAGAGCAAUAUUAGCUAGAAUUAUGGGUAAAACCAGUUAUGCUGCUUAUCAAUUAGAAGGUAAAAUGGUUAAAACACCUGACAAUGUCAAACAAUUUUUGGAGAGUUUAAUCAAAUAUACAGAAACAGCUACAGCAAAAGAAUUAAAACCAAUUGCAGAGAUGAAGUGUAGAUUGUUGAGACAACCAUCACCUAAAACUAAUAACGAAAUAUUUAAAAUUGUUCGUCCUUGGGAUAGAGAUUAUUAUUCUUUCCAACUGAAAUCAACAAAAGAACAGCAUAAAUCCAUGCAUUUAACUCCAUUAAAUACAUAUUUUUCUUUAGGCUCAGUCAUGAAAGGACUAUCCACAAUAUUUAACCAAAUCUAUGGUAUACACUUUGAAUUGUCCCCCACAGAAACCAAUGAAAUUUGGUCUUCAGACGUUAGAAAGAUUAUGGUAAAGUCUGAAACAGAGGAUCCUAUUGGUAUAAUAUAUUGUGACUUGUUUGAACGUCAUGGGAAACCUUCAAGUCCAGCGCAUUUCACGAUAUGUUGUUCUAGAGAAGUGUAUCCAAAUGAGAAUAAUCAAAAUAUUAUGCAAAUUGGGGUUGAUAAAAAUGGUAGAAAAUUCCAAUUACCAAUAAUAUCAUUAGUCUGCUCUUUUAGUAAAAGUCAUGAAAAUCCUUGUUUGUUGCAUUUGAAUGAAAUAGAAACCUUGUUUCAUGAAAUGGGACAUGCAAUGCAUUCCAUGUUGGGUAGAACUAGAUUACAGAAUAUUAGUGGAACAAGAUGUACCACAGAUUUUGUAGAAUUACCAAGUAUCCUAAUGGAACAUUUUGCUAAAGAUGAACGUAUAUUGUCAAAUAUUGGAAGACACUAUUUAACAGGAGAACAGAUACCAAUAGAGCUAUUAAGAGAACAAUUAAAAGAAUCAUCAUCAUUUUUGCAAAAUUGUGAAACAUUUGCUCAAGCAAAGAUGUCAUUACUGGAUCAAAGACUGCAUGAUGAAGAAGUAAUUGAAAAUAUUGAACAUUUGGAUGUUGUUACACUGUAUCAAGAUCUUGAAAAAGAAUUGAAGGUGUUAGUAGACAAUAAAACAAACUGGUGUGGUAAAUUUGGCCAUUUAUUUGGUUAUGGUGCAACAUAUUACAGUUAUUUGUUUGAUAGAGCCAUCGCGGCCAAGGUAUGGAAUUAUCUGUUUCAAGCCAAUCCAUAUAGUCGUACAAGUGGUGAAAAAUUCAAAAAUAACGUGCUUAAAUGGGGUGGGUUAAAGGAUCCUUGGGAUUGUGUGGCAACUGUAUUAGAUCAGCCAGAGUUAAAGAAAGGUGAUAUUAAUGCAAUAAAAUACAUUGCUGAAGUGAAAGAUUUAUGA